AUGUCAUCGCUUCCCCAAACAAAUGACGAAAACGCAAUACCUCCGAGCGAAGACGUCCGAACCGACAACCAUCCUCCUAAAAAUGAAGAAUCAACACCUCUGGGAAAGCCUCACAAAGCUCUUCUCCGCGGCUUUAUUACUCUGUCCGCCGCCGAAGAUGAGGAGGAUGAUAUGACAGCAAAGCUACAACAUGCAGAAAAGCGCGGAGACUUUUACACCGAAAUGAAGAAGAGGGAGAAAGAUAUCAAAAGCGUUCAUUGUGUGGAUACACGGAAACUUCAAUGUCUGCAUUUCAGUGUCUAUAAACAGCCAGGCCUGUCUCUUCCAUCCAGAAUGGCCUUUCGGGUUCCGUUGCUGUAUAAAGUCGGCGAAGAAUUCUAUCCCGGAAAUUGCGAGGAAAAGUUGCGAUCUGAGGCCGCGACCUAUAUCUGGAUCGGCGAGAACUGUCCGGAUGCCCCAACUCCAACACUGCGAGGGUUCGGGGUUCCGGGCGGACUCAGUUUCUUCCAGUCUAGAUCCGUCCCGUUUUGGCAAAGGAUCAAAUUCUUUGCCUGGCGUCUUCUCUCUCGCCUACGUGGAAGAGCAGGCUUCUGUGAUUUCAUUCCCCAGAUGCGGACAGCUUUCUUGGAUCACGGCUAUACUUUAGUUGAUUGGAUCGAGAACGAGAAUGAGCAGAUGCUUUCCAAUGUAUUCAACCAGCCUCAUACCGAAGCACAAACGCAGAAUCUUUAUCGAAACAUGGCGAGAAUUUUUAUCUCACUUGCUAAAAUUCCACAGCCUCGAAUCGGCUCCUGGACCAUUAAUAACGAAGGCCAAUUGACUUUGUCCAAUCGUCCCUUAUUCUGUCAUCUACAAAGGCUAGAAGAUUGGGAUAUCCCAAGUGGAAUUGCACGGGACACAACUUAUACAAGCGCUGAUAGUCUCCAUCUAGAUUUGCUUAUUGGCCAUGAUAAUCGGCUGCGCUAUCAAAAGAAUGCUGUCUUUAGUGAAGAUGAUGCACGCCACCAGGCUGUAGACCUGGUACUUAUGCGGGCGAGUCUGGCUCAGUUCACUGAUCGAUCUCUCCGCGACGGGCCAUUUGUUAUGUAUAUGACAGAUAUGCAUGCCAGCAACAUCUUUGUAGAUCAAGACUGGAAUAUCAAGCAUAUCAUCGAUUUGGAAUGGGCCUGCUCACUACCCCUUCAGCAUGUGAUGGUACCACAUUGGCUUACAGGUAAGGGGGUCGACCUACUCACUGGUCCAGAGUACGAGCGAUUUGGGAAUUGCUACAAGCAAUUCACUGAUGCCGUGAGGCAAGAAGAGACAAAUGCGCCGCUUUUCUACAAGGGUACUACCUACUCUCUGGCUGCAACCAUGAAUCGCAUUUGGGAGCAACACCAUUACUGGUACCUGAGUGCUUUGCAGUCUCCCAAGGGGUUAUUCAAUCUUUUCAGAGGCCAACUACAGCCCCUGUAUGAAGAACCGCCUAAGGGAUCUCUGUGUCCAGCUGUAUCUGUGUUCUGGGCGCCAGGGAUGAGUUCGUUUGUGAGUUCAAAGCUAGAAGAUUUGACUCAGUAUAUCCAGGAAGUACGAGAUAUUUUUAAUAGUGGCAAGAGCGGGAGGGUGUAUAUGCGAUAG